AAAGCAGAAAUUUCUAAGUAAUGUGGUGCCAGCUCUUUGAUAAACAAGAGAAAAUGGAUACAACAAAACAAAGUUUUGGUAUAUUGAGGACAUUAACCUAAGCAGAUGUCUGCGGAUUUUAUGGGCAAGUUGUCUGCAUAAGUUGAUAUAACAGUGUCUGCCCAUAAGACCUGGAGACUGGAUGUGACAAUUGAGUGCUAUUGAAAGUCUGCACAUUCACCGUCAGUCAUACUGGAGCCCAGUGGGUGGAGUAAUGGGAAGAGAAAAGAGGAAAAUGGGGGUUCAGUGUCUUUAAGUUAAUGGGUCUAUUAGAAGCAGGGAGGGGAUAACGCUUAUCUGAACUGUGAGAGAGCCCAGCUCAGACACAAAGUCCCUUUUCUUUUCUUCCAAGAGACACCCCUAUCUUUGAUGUAUGCCUCAGGUGUUUUUGUUUUUGUUUUUUUGGUUUUUUUCCCCUCUGGUGUCCCACUUAUCCAGUAAUGGCUGAACCAUAGAGUGAAGAAUACCCAUACAUAUUUAUAUUGUUUAAAAUAAUGUUGCUUUGGAGGUUCUUAAGUUAUAGUCUGACACGUUCCUCACUUAGAUUUUGAAGCAUUAUGGGUUUUGAAGUUGUUUUGCUGACACAGUAACUGCUCAUGAAUGAUUUAAGACUUUCAAAUGCACACAUUAAAGCCUAAGGUCUGGAAUGCAAAUUUUUAUUAUCACACAGAAGAAAGGUUACCAUUUUCCCCACAAGAUGCUAAAGCCAGUGUCUGAAAUAAGCAGACAGUAUAAACCCACAUGGUGUGUUUGUGGGUUUAUUUAUUUAUUUUGGUCCCAGGACAGUGUGUAUAGCUCACAUGUGCUCACAUGUAGCAUAUAAUGGGGACAGUCCGUGCCAGCUGCAUUCUGACUAGUUUGUGCUUAUUUUAUUAUAGCAGGUGGUGCUUGUAAGGAGGUAAGACAUUGCUGUGAAUUCCCCAGAGCAGACAAGUUGGCUACCAAAGGAGGAGGGGGGUUAUAGCACACAUGGAAAGAUUGCAUCAGAGAAAGCAUUUCAAACAACAAAAAAACCACCUUGCCACAAAGUGAAAUGGCUUGACCAGCUAAAUAUACAGCAAAAAUGCAAAAGUUAAGAUUGGUUAAUAAUGUUGGUCGAAAAAAAUGAAUGAACUCAUUAAGCAAUAAGCUGUUAAAACAGGCUUGCAUGGGGGAUUUUUUUUUUUUCUUGUUAUCAUUAGUGAAUGGGCGGUUAGAACUAUUAGCUAAAAGUUGUGGAUGAAUAGGUAAUAAUCAAUAAAUGGUUAACUUUAACAAAGUAUUCUUAUUGUUGUAUUUAUAUAGAUAUGUAUAUAUUAAAUGUACUGUAAAUACCAUAUGUUCUGUUUCUGUACCACUAUUAUUUUUGCACCAUGACACCAAGACAAAUUCCUCAUGUGUGCAGAAACUUGGAAAUAAACAUAAUUCUGAGCUAAAUACGAUACAUUUUCCUAAUGAGGGACAAUAAAUUAUAUUUCUAUAAGCUGUAAGCUGAAAAUUAGUAUUUUAUGCAUUUAAACAGGGAAAUUUGUUUGAAAAACUAAAAAUUAUGCAUACAAAUAUAUAUGUAGCUUACACUAAAGAUUUAAAAUUGAGUAAGACUCACUUUAAAUAACUUAAAAUGAAAAUGGUAACAGGCAAUGAUGGACUGUUUAAGUCCAAUUGACAGCCCUCAACUUAAAAGUUGAUCGCUUGGUCGUACAGAUCCUCUGCUCAAUGUAUAUGAAAGCCAGAUCGUGUAGGAAAAUGGCUAAAGCUACUCUUAAUUGUUGGCUUUAGGGGAUAAUUGUCCACGCUAGACUGUCUACUGUAUUAAGACAGAGUUGCUCAGGUAUUAAGAUCACUACACUAUCACCUUUUCACAAACUGAGGUAGGGGCAGGCAACACAUUACCAAGACAGACACUGUGUCUACAAGGCAGCCAUUAGGCUCAACAAUAGAUCCCUGCUGGGCACUCAGCAGGGGGAGCUUGUUAAAUGUGUUGACCUAUUCUCCCAAAUUAGUCCUGAACUAUUAUUGCUCAGUUAGUCCCCCUCUUACUGACUGUACUCGUCUACCCAAGCUGGAACCAGUCUCCGCUCAUCAGAUUGUAAAAGUUGACUAAGCUGUUGCUCAGUGGAGGGCUUGCAACCAUGGAGGGCUCAGAAGUUGCAAGUGCAUUGUCCUCACAGCAGAUAGGGUUGACACACACAAAUGUGGUCAGUCAGAAAGCACUUUACUUUGUCAUCUCUGAUCACCAGCCACAGGAGGCUGGUUAGGAUAGAGACUUCUGGUUUGUAAGAGAAAGUCUUAGUGGCAUCAGCCUCAGAUACAGAUCUAAACCUGGAGACAGACGACAUCAAAACAAACAUGAUGAUGCUGUAAUGGAGUUCUGUUGUAUUAACAGAAUUUGACAAAUGCGUGUCUUUAUCUAUGGUUGACAAAUAAAGAAGAAUUGAAAUGGUCUAAAUUCUCUAAACUGAUCUGGAAUAUGUCAUUAUGUCACUGUAUUGGUUAAUGAAACAGGAAUUUUCUCAGCUUCUAUUGCAUGAAAUGGAUAAAUUAAAGCUGGGCCAGUAUUUUACAUCUGGAUCUGAGGUUGGGUUAUUGGUAGAUCAAAGCCAGGUGUGCCAGAGGAGACACUGGUUUGCUAAUGAGAACUGGAGGCUCUGCAGAUGAGUCUCCAAUUAGGAAGCAGGGACACAUGAAAGACGCUUGCCGUAUAAGGGAGACAGCCUGACUGUCUACAAAACCUCAUUUAUUUAUUUUUAAAUAGAACUUUCAGAGAUGCAAAACAACUUCAUACACAAACUGAAUUCCAAAAAUGCUGGGACACUGUGUAAACAGAAACAGAAUGCAAUGAUUGUUAAAUAUUAGAAACCCAUGUUUUAUUAACAUUAGAACAUAGAAAAAUUGUGGAACAGUUCCUUAACAUAAAAUUGUUAAGGACGGGUGAAUAUCUAAUGAAUCGUCCAAAUAAAAAAAAUUUAAAAUUACGCAAAUCUGGAGAAAUCUCUGUGCGCAAGGCUUAAAAUCAUUGGAUCCCCACAAUCUUCAGGUGCUUAAAAACAGGCAUUCUGUGAUGGAAAUCACUGAAUGGGCUCAGUACCACUUCCAGAAAUCAUUGUCUGUGUACACUGUUUGAUGAAUAGAAAUUUGAAAUUAUUUUUGCAAAAUAUAGACUCCACAUUCUCUACACUAAAGAGGAGACAGACCAUCCAACUUAUCACCACUCAGUUCAAAAGCCUGCACAAGUGAAAGCACAUCAUUAAUACUUAAAUGCACAUACAACCUUUAAAGCCAACAUCCUGACAGUACAAUUUUCACUCUUUAUCAACACAAUCCUAAACCUGUAAUUGCAGUUAUUACAACAAUGUGGCUUUGUAUAGUAGAAGAGUGUGCACUGAAAUGGCCUAAAUGCAGUCCGGAUCUUACACCAACUAAAAACAUUCGGAGCAUCAUAAAAUGAAAAAUAGGACAAAGAAGACCCAGGACUGCUGAGCAGCUAGGAUUCUAUAACAAGAAGAAUGGGACAACACUCCAGAAAAUCCAGCAGCUGCUCUCAGAUCUCAGACAUUUACAGACUAUUGUUAAAAGAAAAGGUAAUGCUACACAGUGGUAAACAUGACCCUCUCGCAACUUUUUUGUUGUUGUUGUUUUUUGUGUGAAAUGUUGCUGCCAUCAAAUUCAGAAUUACAUUUUUCCCCCCUGAAAACUGAAACUUUCCUUUUUUCUUUCCCAUGAACAUUUUUGUGCCCUGUGGACCUAUUAAAGCAAAUGUAGGAGACUGUGUGACUUAACUGAGUGGUGAAAGUUGGGGCUGGGAUUCCCCAGUGUUUCCCCCUCCCUGCCCCCCUAGUCCACACACCAUCUGCUUACUGCCACCCCCGUCGUCUGCGGCCAUCACAAAACAAGUCGUUAUCUCCAAAGACACGUCUCUGCAUCUUUGAUUGGUGGUUGAUAACAGACCUACAGACUCAUGGGGCUGGCUGACCUUGCUGUAUAUAUAUCAUGACAUUUCAGCAGAGACUGGCAACAAAGCUGGUUUAAAGCUCUCCCUGUUUAACCUUGUGUCCUCUCCUGCUUUGGCUUUCUGAUCCUGACAUUAUGGCUGUUUUCUUGACUGUGGCUCUUAUGACUAUGGCUUGUCCUUUACUGGCGUUUGACAUGGGUCAGUCUACUCGUUGUGUUGCCAUUCCCCACAAGAUGCAUGUCUGCAAAGAUGUUGGAUACUCAGAGAUGCGUUUGCCAAACUUUUUGGGCCACAGUAGCCUGGAAGGCGAGGUGGUGCCACAUUCAGAGGAUUGGAGGCCGCUGUUGCAGACAGGCUGCCACCCUCAAGCACAAGCCUUCCUCUGCUCCCUCAUUGCCCCUGUUUGUCUUGACACUUUCAUCCAGCCCUGUCGUAGUCUGUGUGUGGCAGUAAGGGAAAGCUGUGCCCCAGUGCUUGCCUGCCAAGGACACCCAUGGCCUGAUGUUCUUGAUUGUGACCGUUUCCCUGCUGAGGAAGACAUGUGUCUUUCUCACCAUGGAAAACCUGGCAUCUUUUCUAAAGGUUUGCCUAAAUCUGCCUGUCAAAAUUGUCCUUAUGUGGAAGAGGCUCCUGAAUCCAAAACAAUCUUGGAUUCUUUCUGCAGGCAUGAUUUUGCUGUUACUGCCAAACUCCACCGUCUUCGCCUACCCACAGGAGAGCCAGAAUUUGAAAUUGAGGGACGGGUCGAGUUUAUCCGUCAGGGUCCUCUGUUGCCCUAUGACACCCAGCAUCUGCUCCAGCAGUGGCUCCUUAUCAACGUUAGAUGUGCCCGUGCCCUUGUGCGUCCUGGGAGGUCACAGCUUUAUGUGCUGACUGGUUCUGUGCAGCAUGAUGGGACCCUUUCUCUGACUCGUGUCUUCCCUUGGCACAGAAAAGAUGCAAACAUUGCGGUGGCAUUUCGAAAAUGGAAGCACCACAGAUGUUGAAGGGACAUGGACCAAAACAGGAGCUUGAAAUCUGUGUUUUGAGGCACAGAGGGAGCUCAGUGGCACUGGCUUUUAAGAAGUAUUUGUAAAAGAGGGUAAAUUGUUAUAAGAACUGACUCAAGCAAUUUGCUCAUCUGAGCAGGUCGCCGUCUCAUUUCAUCGUUGUUAGUGCUUUUGUUAGCACACUGCAUUAAGACACACUGAAACCUGUACAUAGUAUUAUACAUAUAAAUUUAUAGUAGAUUAUAUUUUCUGUUAAAAGCUGUAUUUAUGAUGUUCCAUGUGUUGUUUGGAAUAAAUGACAAUAAAAUAGUCGUCCUAUGAAACCACAUAUUUGUGAGGUUUCUUUCCCUCAUGCUUAUGCUCAUAAGCCUUGCUUUAGCCUAGUAUGUUUAUCUCUUUAAUACAACCGUUAUUUAGUUAAUGCUUUUACAAGAGAGAGCUAAUUAAACGCCCUCAUCAGUUAUCACUUGUGUCACCACAAGGUGGCACACUAAUGCCACUUGUUCUGAAACAUUGCAUAAUACAAUGUAAAACUAACACCUAGCAUGCAGUAAUAGUUACAAAUUGGAUUGCCUGUAAAUAGUUCUGCAUAUGAUACCAAGCUGUUUUAAAUGUCUUGAUCACUAUGUUCACAGUGUGAGGCCCAUUCUGUGUAAUGCUAACGAGAAGAUCAAUCACUCCCUUUACAUUUGAAUAGUCUUGUUUUCACAGCUCGGCUAAACAGACAUAGUUCAUGAACAAUGGAUGUGUUUGGUGCUUUUUAAAAAUCUACUUUUGGGUUUUAUGUUGCCUUGGAGUUGAAAUGCUAAAUAUUUGACUGUUUUGGUGAAAGCCAAUUCAGCCUCGGGAAUAGCUGUGAAGUAAAAUCAUCAGCAUUCCAUAUAAUAUUUUUUACAUUAUUUAUAUUUGAUCUUUUAUAUUGUGUACAUUGUCUAUCGAUUUUAUUGUUUAUUUUAAUAUUUAUGUACAGCGCUUUGUGAUUGUCUAUCUGCGAAAAGCGCUUAAUAAAGUUUACUUACUUACUUACUAAUAUAAUACACAAUGUAUCACAUGUGUAAUGUGAUGUGAUGAGCAGGAUACUUUGAUGCAUUUAUUUAAAAUCAUUUAUGUGAACUUUAGAAAAUGAUAUCAAUAGAAUAGGAGACGAGCACAACAAAUUACAAUCUUUUAUUUAUCCCCAAUAAUAAUGUUCAUUUCUUUAUUUGAAAUGUUGUCUGAGUAAGUCUAGUGUCUGUAAUACCUUUUCCCGUCUGGGUACAUUGGCUAAAUUGUUAAAUAAGCAAAUUGUAUGACAUGAAAAGCGUGUUUUAAUCCUCUACAAACAAGAAUGAA